UAUGAAAUUUUGGAAGCCAGUCCGCAUCUGAAAAUCCGCAGAUUACCCGGUCUGCAGUCCGCAUUCGCACUUCACGCUGACCCUAUUUUACGGAACAAUCAGAAGAAGUAACAAAACGAAUACAUCGAUGUGUUUCCUGUGUUUCUUUUUUUGAGGUUAUAUAGCUUUGGAAAGAUGAACGAAUUUCAGACAGAAGUUUUGCGACAAGUCGUUGGACAUUGUAGCCAUAAUAUAGGUUGGAAUGGAAUUCAUGCUUCUUCACUAGACUUGCUGACCGAAGUUCUUCAGAAAUACCUAACUGAGAUAGGGCGUUCAGUGCACAGAUAUUCAGAACAGUUUGGACGAACAGGUCCAAAUUUAGAUGACUUAGGACUUACCUUUCGAGAUAUGGGUAUCUCAAUUCAAGACCUUUCAGACUAUGUUUGCAAUGUGGAGCCCACUACUUUUAACGAAGAUGUUUCUGCAAUUCCAGUACCCAGAGAACACUCACUGAAUUUUCUUAAACCAGGAAGCCAUGAAGUUCUUUCAAGACCUGUUUACAUUCAUGAACAUUUACCCCCUAUGCAGCACAUAAUUCUUGAUGAUGAUAAAGCUUCUGCAGACUAUCCAGAAAUUACAGAAACCCUUUCAGUUGCUCAAGAUAAUUUUGAGCCAACUGUGAAUUUGUCUCCACAUCCUUAUUCUUUUAAAAGACCUGAUGGAGCAGAGAAACGAAAGGGAGGAUGGUUGGGUGAUGAUGGCCAACCAAUUAGAGAAAUAUCAAGUGUGAUGAUGACAUCAUCGGGUUACCUUUCGUCAUCGCGAGAAGGGAAAUUGCCUGAAAGUAAAGUUCGAAAACUGUUUCUUGAAACAGAACCGGAUCACGUCCUUCCAGAGAAAAAAAUUAAUAUUAAGAAAGUAUUUGAAGGCAUUAAAAAAACAGAUGAGAUUCCUAAAAAAAGUGACGAGAAAGACUCGGAUUUAGUUAAGAAAUUUAAUGAAAUUUUAAAGGAUCGGCAAAUUGAAACCCCGGAAGAAAAGAAGCCAAUACCCGAACAAUCUAAAGAAGAAGAUUUUGAAAAAGAGGGAAAGAGAGAGCGAAAUAAGGAGAAAGAGCGAGUAGGAGAGCAAGAAAAAGAAAAAGAACGAGAUGCUGAAAAGGAGAUGGAAAAAGAAAAGGAGAAAUCCGAAAAAGAUAAAGUUUCUGGAAAAGAACAAGAAAAAGACAAAAUAAAAAAGAAACGUAACAAAGAAAAAUUGCUAGAAGAAUUUGCCUUCUUUGAAAAGGGAAAAUCUAUAUCAUUGAAACCGUCGGAGCCUACUGUCGUCAGUGACUCGACAAAGCAAAAACUGAAUAUUUUUAAGAAAAUCCCAAAAAGCAAAGACCUUGAUAAUCAAGCAACACGCAUCUCGUCACGCACCGAAAACGCUGAAUCUGAAAAAGGAUCCGUCACCGUGGUUGAGGAAAGUCCAUUGAAAAGCAUUCCUGAAGCAGCAGUAUUGUCCUCAAAUAGCGAAAGCUUUGCUGGCGGAAAAUUAAAAAUUUCAAAAAAAGAUCGGAAGCAAAAAAGUAAACAAGACCGUCUUCCUUUUAACUCUGAAGGCGGCAUUUUUGUUGACAGCCAAGAUAAGGUCAAAGUUGGAAAAGAACUUGGAAAGGUAGAACCUGUUUGUCCAAAAGAAGAAUCGAUCGGACCAAGUGACCUGUCGAUUUUGGGAAAAUCCGGGCAAAACAGGUCCAAAAUGAUGGCUUCUCCCGGUGUUGAAGUACCGAAAAAGAAAAAAGGUCGACCUCCCCGUGUUAUGACUCCUGAUCUAGGUGAAACCCAAAUUUCUGAGGCUGCACCACCAGUCCACGGUGAAUCGCCUAUUCCACCGGCUCCAAAAUCUUUCUUUUCUUUCCCUCCCCAUUUCUCAGUUCCUGGAUUGAUACCACCGCCGUUUAUUCCAAAUGUCCCAUUUAACUUAUUGGGAGUUCCUCCUUUAGGAGGAUUGAGAUCCCCUUUAGGGAUCCCUCCCACGAAUAUGUUUAGCAGUGUGGGACCCCUGACUAAUAUGCCCUCAACGGAUUUUUAUACUCCACCUAAAGGGGAUACCAUUAACAGAAUGGUUCCCAUGUCCUCUUCGCCUACCAAGUCUCCGAAUAUCGUUGACAGCCUUCCUGAAUCCUCUUUAAACAUGGAAACCAGUGAAGCUGAAUCCAUUGUCACUAAAAAGAAAGAAAAGCGUGAGAAAAAAGAAAAAGAAAAGAAGAAAAAAGAUAAAAAAAUUAAAGAAAAGGUGUCCGAUGAGCAAGAGCGAAAAAACAAAAAGGAUAAAAAAAAAGAGAAAAAAGAAAAAGACAAGGAAAAGUGUAAAGAAAAAGAAGAAAAUCUAACCGUUCCAAAAAUCACUUUUAAAUUUGCAGCUGCCCCUAGUUCACCACACCCGCUAACGCCAGACUCGACCCCAAAACUAAUAUUUAAAGCCAUAGCUGACAAAGAAGGUAAUUUCACUGCCUCUGGUAGCAGCAACAGGGAUGUAACUGUUCAGUCACCCGUUCAACCAGCAGUUGAAGUUGCAAAAUUUUCUGCGCUUGUCACGCGUCCUCCGAAAUUGGUGAAAACUGUAAAGGAAAUACCAGCAAACAAGCCUUGUGUUGAAACAACAACCGAUUCCCCUUCUACUUCCCAACCUGCGCUAGCCCCUCGCACACCUAGUCCUUCUCCAAAAGUCAGACGUGAAAAACCACAAAAACCUCCACGAGUAACAAAAGAUAAAGAGAAAGAGAAAAAGAAAUGUGACAAACCCGGGGUUGGAGACGUGGCAGUUAUUACAGAAACAGUUGGAUCUUAUUAUGACGAAUUUGGCAACAAAAUAUGGAUUUGUCCAGCCUGCGGUCGACAAGACGAUGGCACUCCAAUGAUAGGCUGCGACGAAUGCGACGACUGGUAUCAUUGGGUGUGUGUCGGAAUCCGAGUUCCACCUGCCGAAACGGAAAGUUGGUUUUGUCAGCGAUGUAUAGCAAAAAAACAGGGGUCUUUGAAGGACAAGAAAAAAGGACGGAAGAAGAAAUCUGUUUAACCCACACAUAUAUGUAUAGCAUUAUUUUUCUGGCUUGAUUUGGCAUUACACGUAAAUUUUUCUUUC